CUAGAGGCUCUAAGAUGCAAAAAAAAAAAAAAAGAACAAAAGAAAGAAAAUGGGAUAAUUGCAUGGCUGAGAAACAAAAAAAAGUUUACUGAAAUCGUUCACAUUUAAUCACUCUCCGUCCAACUCCGUUAACUUUUGUUUACGAGGCGUUCAACUCUAAAAGUUGACCAUUAAAUGUGUGACGUGAUAAUUUAAAAAUAAUAAAAAUAAUAUUUUUUUUAAAAAAAUUGCCAUCUCAUUUCCACCUCAUUAUCACUUUUAUUUAAAAUAAAUAAAAAAUCCUAAUUUCUUCUAAUCUGCAAUGCCAAUACUCGACCUCUCUCAAGACACCGCACACUGGGAAUCACUCUCCCCCAACGAGCGCCACUUCAUCACCCACAUCCUUGCCUUCUUCGCCGCCUCCAACGGAAUCUUCCUCGAGAAUCUCGCCGGCUGGUUCAUGAAGGAAGUGCAAUUCGCGGAGGCCAGAGCCUUUUACGGGUUCCAGAUCGCGAUCGAGAACAUCCACUCUGAGAUGCACAUCCUCCUUCUUGAGACCUACAUCAAGGACUUCGAUGAGAAGAGCCGCCUCUUAUGCGCCAUCGAGAUGGUGCCUUGUGUGGCCGAGAAGGCCCAGUGGGCCUUGAAGUGGAUCGACAGUGGGGAAUCGUUCGCCGAGAGGUUGAUUGUAUUUGCCUGUGUGGAAGGGAUUUUCUUCUCCGAUAGCUUCUGCACGAUAUUUUGGCUGAAGAAGCGCGGAUUGAUGCCCGUGUUGACGUUCUCCAACGAGCUGAUCUCGCGAGAUGAAGUGCUUCAUUGCGAUUUUGCCUGCUUGCGAUGGCGGGGUAUUGGUAUUAGGGAUUAGAAGAAAUUAGGGUUUUUAUUUAUUUUAAAUAAAAGUGAUAUUGAGGUGGAAAUGAGAUAGCAAUUUUAAGAAAUUUUAUUUUAUUAUUUUUAAAUUGUCAUUUUACACAUUUAACAGUCAACUUUUAGAUUUGACCGCCAUGUAAGCAAAAGUUAACAGAGUUGGACGGAGAGCGACCAAAUGAGAACGGUUUCAGUAAAGUGAAGUACCACCGAUGGAUUUAAAUAUUUAGAGUGACCAAACUUUAACGUUUUUUGUAAUCUCAGUGACCAACAAUGGAAUUAACCCAAGAGAAAAUUAUAGUAAAAUGACUAAAGAUGC